AUGGGACGGGAAAAAAAAAAAAUUUCCCUGUCGGUUUCAACUCUGAAUGAAUUAUGUUUUUGGAAAGAGAACAUUCCUUUCCUAAACAGUAGGCGCCUCUUGUCUACACAGUUCCAUUAUUCCUGUGUGUGUUAUUCCGAUGCGAGUUCUACAGGCUGCGCCAGUUAUAUGUUAGAUCUUCACAACACCAUAUCUCACAAGUUGUGGAGUGUUGAUGAGGCGCAGAAGAGCUCCUCUUACAGGGAACUCAAGGCUGUUUCCCUGGGUCUAGAAUCUUUUUUGCCUUUACUUAAAGGGCACACUAUUAAGUGGUAUACUGAUAAUCAGAGUGUUGCUAGAUUUGUUGAAGUAGGAAGCAUGAAGGAAGAUUUGCAAUGCUUAGCUUUGCGUAUUUUUAGUAUGUGCUUGCUCAGUUGCAUCACAUUGGAAGUUGAAUGGAUUCCGAGAUCGGCUAAUGAUAGGGCCGAUUUUUUGAGCAGAAUUGUGGAUUAUGAUGAUUGGCGGGUCAACAGGGACUAUUUCCUUUUGGCCGAAGAGAAAUGGGGUCCUCAUUCUGUGGACCGGUUUGCGAAUCAUGAGAAUACUCAGUUGCCCCGUUUUAAUAGCAGGUUUUGGUGCCUUGGUACAGAGGCGGUUAAUGCCUUUUCUGUUUCUAGGGCGGGCGAGAAUAAUUGGCUCGUUCCACCUAUUUUUCUCGUCCCCAAGGUCCUUAAUCACAUGGUUGCCCUUGGCGGUCGCGCUACACUUGUUGUUCCUGCUUGGCCUUCCGCCCCAUUUUGGCCUUUAAUUUUUACCGACGAGGGUUUGUCUCCUAUAUUCUCUGAUAUUUUCGAGAUCCCCUUAGGUACUGAUGUUUUCGUUUUGGGUAAUUAUAAAAUUCCCUUUUUGGAUCACCUAAUUUUCGUUCAGGUCUUUUGUUCUUGCGGUUUUCCCAGAGAGUCCUUAGUUAACCCCCACUUUUUUUUUUUUCAGAUUUGUAGGGGGUUUCUCUGCAGUUUAUAGAGUUCUUACACUCAUACCACAUGGUAUCCGAGUAUUUUGGGAUGCACUUGGAUCCUUGUUUUGUGGACCACUUGGUCUUUUUUAUUACGUAGGGGCCACUUUGGCCCUUAGUGGUAUUAUUUUUCUGUGUUUUUCUUGGGACCACUUGGACCCAACCUUACCUUGUUUCACUACGUGUUGUAUUUUUCUGAUAUAUUUUUUCUUUGGUCAUUUUUGUCAUUUUAUUUUUUCUAUUUUUUGCUUCAGAUGUUAAAGCAGCUGCCAGUCGGACGUUUGUUGUUUUACUUUGUGAGAAGUUUUGGCUCUCUGCCUUUAAUUCUCGAGCUGAUAACACAGUUAUUAAUUAUUGUAAAUCAUUUUGUAAGUUUAAAGCGUGGUGCUUGCAUAGCACUGGGGUGGUUUCUUUUCUCCCAGCUACUUCGUUCACAGUUUCUUUGUAUUUGCAUCAUUUAUUAGAAAAUUCGUUAGGUAGUUCCACCAUUUACGGCGUUUUUUACGCUAUUAACUGGGUACAUAAGUUAUCAGUUUUUGAGAAUCCCAAUCCGUGUGACAACUUUCUUGUCAGGCCUAUUGUUGAGGCUUCCAGUCGUGCUCCUCGUAAACCUGUCACGAAGGCGGAGCCCAUUACCCCAGAGAUCCUUGGCUUAAUUUUGGAGCAUUAGGGGGAAAGUAGUAACUUACUUGAUAUCAGGUUUGUCUGUAUGUGUUUACUCGCAUAUGCUGGCUUUCUCUGCAUUUCCGAGCUUUUAAGCAUUAGUAGAUCUAAUAUUGUAACUGAAGGUCUUUAUCAUAAGAUUUUCAUAGAAGUUAGCAAGACUGAUAAGUACAGAGAGGGUUCCUGGGUUUAUAUUGCCAAGGCUGGCAAUUUUACUUGCCCUAAUACAUACGUUAUUAAGUACUUAGAAGCUGUCAGGAUUCCUUCUUUUUCUCAGAAUUUCAUUAUUUUUCAGAUCCUUACGGUACGACAAGAAUUUGAAGGGCAAUGUCUUGUCUUCAAAGCCCCUCACUGCUGGCAGGGCGGGAGAAAUUCUUAAGGAGAAGUUGAAAGCUAUUGGAUUAGACCCUUCUAAGUUUAGUAAUCACAGCUUUAGGUCCCGAGGAGCUACUUCCGCUGCUAAUCAGAGUGUUCUAGAACGGCAUUUCAAAGUUCACGGAAGGUGGAAGUCAGAUUCAGCUAAAGACGGCUACGUUCGCGAUAAAGUCGACUCGCGUCUUUAUGUUCCUUUACACAUCGGAAUUUAA